AUGAUCUUAUCGAAAAUUAAAUACAAAUCUCUCUCUCAUCUAUCUAUCUAUCUAUCUAUCUCUAUCUAUCUAUCUAUCUAUCUAUCUAUCUAUCUAUCUAUCUAUCUAUCUAUCUAUCUAUCUCCCCGUCCCUCUUUAUCUAUCUCCACUUUCUAUCUAUCUCGCUAUCUCUUCAUUCUCUAUACAUCUAUCUGUAUCCCCCUCUCUCUCUCUCUCUCUCUAUCUAUCUAUCUCUAUCUAUCUAUCUAUCUAUCUAUCUAUCUAUCUAUCUAUCUAUCUAUCUAUCUAUAUAUAUAUAUAUAUAUAUAUAUAUAUAUAUAUAUAUAUAUAUAUAUAUAUAUAUCCUUCCUUGUAUCAUUAAAACUAUCUCUAUCAACUCUUUUUAUCUCCAUCCACCUCUCUCUAUAUACAUCCCCUUAUUCCUUCUCACUUUUUCUACCUCCUCAAACUUCUCUCUCCCUAGUCACUCACUCACUAUACAAACACACUUUUUUUUUUAUUCAACCGAAAAGCUCUCUUUAA